AGAAGUGCACAAAUCGCCGUUCACCUGCUUUUCUGCAUCUCUGCAUAAAACUCGUCCAGAUUUAGGCGCUUGAUCCAAUCCUCUUUGCUAGUGGGACCUUGCCCCAGAACUAAAGUAGAAGGCAACUUCGGUAACCAAAACAAAAAAAGAAAAGCGAAGAGAGAGAGGGAGGGAAAUGCUGUCGAUAGGGAGUGUUCAAAUUAGAGAGCAAGUCCGUCAGGACAUUCGUUGAAAGGACUGAAACGACACAGAGAAAGAGGUUUAGCAUGACCCCUGUGCAAUCCAAGAAAACACGCAUGAAUCGAGAUAUUAGAGAUCAAAGUCGGGGAUCAAAUCGACAAAGAAUGUCCGACGAACACAGAGGUAAGCCGGGAGGCAGGUAAGGCAGGCAUACAGACAGAGAGAAAGACAGAGCGGCGAGCAGAGGUAAGCCGGGAGGCAGGAGUCAGGCACACACAGGGGAGAGAGAGAGAGAGAGAGAGAGAGAGAGAGAGAGAGAGAGAGAGAGAGAGAGAGAGAGAGAGAGAAAGAGAGAGAGAGAGGUAAUCGCCAGCCAGCGAUCAGCGAUCACGUAUGGCACACUCACUCUUUCUCCUCUUCGAGCCUUAAUCGGACUGAGAUAGAGUCCUUUCUUUUCCCUUUCUUUUUAAUAAAGAGUCCUUCUCAAUCUGCGAAAGUUUUAAAGUCGUGAGUUGGAUUGCCUACAGAGAGAACGACGAAGAGUGACAGAAUGGCAACAGACUAUGGACAAAGUGGGGAGAAGGGUGUGCGUGAGCUGUUCCACAAGUACAUGGCAGAAUCCAAGUCCGAAGAUGGGCUGAUCUCCCACGCAGACGCAAUUGCGAGGAUUGAGCAAUUGGGUUUGAACUGGCGUCUGUGCGGUUUAGAUGAGGACAAGGUGAAGGCGUAUUUUGCACAUUGCCUGGAGAGGAAAGGAAAAGACAAGGUGACUUUUUUGGAGCUUUGGCGGCGAGUCAAAGAAGCCGGACGGCACAGGACUCACCGAGAUCCUGCCGUCCAAGCAGAGAUGUACAUGGAACGCCAUCGCCUGUAUCAAGUGUUCCAGUCUAUGACGAGAGCUCUGGCUUACAACAAGCCACUCAAUCCCAAGGCGUUUCUAAUUGGCAAGCUGCGCGAGCUGAAGCAGUCCCACUCCAUGCCUUUCUUCAAUGCCGAAGAUCUCGCCGCCGUCUUCACACUCUUUGAUGUUGCACAAACGGGGCUGAUCAGCAAUCAACAGGCCAACGCGGCAUUGAGGACGCUGGGCUACGAUGCAGGGAUCAACAACGACCCAAAUCUUGGAGGUGUCAAUCGAGCAGCAUUCAACAAGGCCGAUUUCGUUUCCCUCAUGCAAAAAGCCCUCGACACAACCGUGGCUACCUAGGUCGUUAUUACCCCAUAAGUCGUUCAAUCAAUCAAUCAAUCAAUCAAUCAAUCAAGCAAGCAAGA